AUGUUUAUUUCCAUGUCCUCUAGUGCAAUCACUUCCAGUAUUUGCCGUCAAUCCAACCUGAACCCAGCUGGGGAAACAGCAGUGAUCAUGUCCAGCGUCUCAAGUAUUAACGAGAAUCUGAAGACUCCUGUGGGCAAUAAUAUUGGGAAGUACCAUUUAGGCAGUGCCAGCAGCAAAGACAACUCUUUGGAUGUUGACCACAAGAAGCGCGUGGUCAUCAGGUACCUGAACUGGAAUGAAUCUGCUUCUAUGGCUUUCUUUGAAGGUGGCCUCAAGGAAGAUAUCAAGGAUAUUCUGUGCAUGAAGGAAAGACUAAGCACCUUACAAGCUCUCAUGGAGGAGGCCGUCAAGAUUGAUAGCCGACUACAUAAGAGAGGACUGGAGCCUCCCGACUCACCCACUCAAGUUACCACUACAAUGCAAUCACUACUCAGACUUGACUUCACUUCUGCUUCCAGAUCUGACUCUAUUUAUCUCUUUACCGACGUCACGGCCUGA